UUCCAGCACUGACACAGUUUGUGAGCCCAUGAGGGAGUCUUAGAUAGAGUUUCUCCCAGGCCUUCAGUGUUAUUAAUAAACACAAAGUGUGCCUCCGUUUUCCUGGAGACAGACACCGCAGACCUCUUUCUAACAGAAAACCGUGCUAACACAGUAACUGCCUGAACAUUUAGUCGGACUGCCAGUUAACAUUCUCUCAUGGAUGAUCAAAGCUCAGUACAGGAUGGGAACUUCAUGUUAUCUACUGAUGACUCACAUGUGCAACUGAGAUUUUCUGAAGAUAUCUCACCGAGCAACCGCACAGACUCUGAAACACUAGGUAGAUUUGCUCAAGAUCCUAUUCUACGCUCGGAACAGGUGGACAUGGAGAGCUUGGGUGAACUCUUUGAGUACUGCAUACAGCGAGUAUCCCAUCUAGAGAGGCAAAGAGAUGUGCUGAUACAGGAGCUUCUGGUUCUGCAGGAACCUAUGCUGCAAGUUGUGGGGCACCUGAGAGCGAAGCUGGAGGGAACACGCAAGCUUCUCGCUCUGGCUCAGCUGGAUUAUGUUACGGUUUGUGAGGAUGUGCAACAGGUAAAGAGGAAACUGUUCACCACAACCAGAGACUGCAUCCAGAGCCAGGUGAAGCUAGCCGAGCAGGAGUACGAGGUGGCUCAGUCUGCUGUUACUCAGGAAGAACUCAAGGCUCAAAUUCAAAGUCUGACCCAGGAGUUGGUGCAGCUGGAAAACGCCCACCAGAACCAGCUCAAUUCCCUCCGUGAUCAGGCCACUAAGCCUUGCAGGCCCAGGGCCAUGAGUGACAUCAGCCAGUGUCGCCAGGCCUCCAUCAGACUGCAGCGAAGGCUCAGUGGCAGUGUGAAGAUGUUGGAAGGCUGGUACGAGCCUCGCCUCAUGGUUCUGCUGAAGAGAAGGCAGGUUGGGGAGGAAGCUUUGAGAAAAACCAGGGAGCAGGCAGUGGACCUGAGAGCCGGGCUGAAGCCUCUGAGAGAGGAGAUACAGAGGCUGGAGGUGCAGAGAUCAUGUCUGGAACAGAGGAUCACUCUUUUGGAGACAGAGCGGCAGGAGAGCACUGCACAACAUAAGAAGACUGUGGAGAAACUAAGAAAGACUCUGAGAGAACUAGAAGUGGAGUUUGAGGUUCAGAGAAAAUCGAAGAAAGGCUUGGAAGAUCUUAAAGAUGGCCUUUUAGCAGAGCUGACAUUUCUGAGGGGCUGUGAACUCAGUGACAUUACAGAGGAAGAGUCAUAAGUUUCAAUUUCCCGAGACAUAAGACAUGAGACCAAAUCACAACGCUGACAUUAUGGUAAAUGGACUGGUUCUUUUAUAGCGCUUUUCUACUCAUCUGAGCAC